AUGACCUUUAAGCAACCGCCGCAAGAGCGGUGCCAUGUCGCGGCAACCGAAGCUCAGCGUCUCGUCGAGGACAUCCUCAAAGGCAACGGCGUCCCUGUCGAAAAUGCCACCAUCGUGGCCAGGGGACUCAUUGCGGCUGACCUUCGCGGCGUCGACACCCACGGCAUGAAUCGCAUCCCUUCUUACAUGGAGCGCAUCAGACAGGGCGUCCUCGACCACACAGCCACGCCGACUCUCACGCAAGUCACGCCAGUCGUGGCCCAGGUCGACGGUCACAAUGGCUUCGGCUUCCUGGCUGCCCACAUGGGCAUGGCGGCGUGCAUCGAGUCGGCAAAAACAUAUGGCAUCGGCAUGGCCAGCAUCAAGCACUCGAACCAUUUCGGUAUGAGCGCCUGGAUCGUGCAGCAGGCCCUCGACGCCGACAUGAUGAGCCUCGUCUUUACCAACUCGAGCCCGGCCCUGGCGCCCUGGGGUGGUCGGAGCAAGCUGAUUGGUGUCUCUCCCAUUGCGUGCGGCGCGCCUGGAAAGGAUGCGUCGUCGCAUUUCAUCCUCGACAUGGCUCCGUCGGUAGCCGCCCGGGGCAAAAUCUACAAGGCGAAGCGGCGCGGCGAAAAGAUUCCCCCAGACUGGGCGCUCGAUGCCGAGGGCCGGCCGACGGAUGACCCCGAAGCGGCUCUAAGUGGUGUCAUGCUGCCGAUGGGAGGACCCAAAGGGUCGGGCCUGGCCGUUAUGAUGGACGUCUUUUCGGGAGUCUUGUCUGGCUCGGCAUUUGCAGGGCAUGUAACCGGGCCUUAUGAUCCAUCGAAGCCGGCAGACGUCGGUCACUUUUUGCUGGCGAUCAAGCCGGAUCUAUUCAUGAGUCUGCGAGAAUUUCGCAGUCGCAUGCAGUAUCUCUACGACAGAAUUACGGGUUCCGAAAAGGCCGCUGGGGUUGACCGCAUCUACUUUCCUGGCGAGCCGGAGCAAUUAGCUCAGAGCGAGCGCGAAAAGACGGGCAUUCCUCUCGUGCAGGCCGAGAUUGAUGCUCUGAAUGCAGAAGCCGAGAAAGUCUCAGUAGCACCAAUGGCUACUCUGUAA